UAGUCGGUGAUAGUCGCUAAGCUUACUCCAAAGCUUCGGCCUUUGUGAUUUUUAAUUUAAAUAAUAUCAAUUUUUUAAUUUUACUUCUUGUUUCUUUCUGCUUUUAAGUUUGUUGAUGUGUGAAAGCUUUAGACUUAACAGUGAAAAAUGUAGUCCAAAAUGAAAACCUUAUGCAACUUGGAUCAAUAAUAAUAUUUUCGUAAUAUUGAAUGUAAUGUAAAAAUAAAUGGUUUUUGUCAGCUAUGUGACCGUGAUAUAUUAAGUGCAUUAGUUCAUACAUUAUUUCUAUAUAACCAUAUCAUUGGAAUCUGUAAUUCUAUCUAUUCGUUACUUAUAUGCGCAGUUCCGCGUCGCGAUGUUAUCCAGUCAUUUGCGACGUCGUAUUGACGAUAUAUGUAUAGCAUACAACUGCAUUCGUAUUGGGAGUCGCCCUUUGUCUAGUAUUGAUGCACUUGAUCAUAUAGAAAAGCUUGAAGGUUGCUUAAAAUCACUACCAACGAAAUCAAAGGUCGUAAUAUGCGGUGGAGGAAUGAUGGGGGCUGCAGUAGCCUAUCAUUUAUCAAAGCGUGGUUGGGGUGCAAAUACAAUUCUCAUUGAGAGAGAAAGGGUUGGUGCAGGAAGCAGGUGGCAUUCAUCAGGUUUAGUUGGGGCAUUUAAACCAUCUCUAGCUCAAGUGAAAAUUGCUCAGUCAUCAAUUCAACUUUUAAAAGAUCUUGAAGCUAAAGGUAGACCAACAGGAUGGAAGCAAUGUGGAUCUCUCUUAUUAGCAAGAAAAAGAGACAGAAUGACUGUAUAUAGGCGUAUGAAAAGUCAAUCAGUAUCUUGGGGUAUUCCUUGUGAACUUGUUAAUCCUAAAAGAUGUCAAGAAAUAUGGCCAAUGCUGAAUGUUGAUGAUAUCCUUGGUGGCCUAUGGAUACCCGGAGAUGGAGUUGGUGAUCCUUAUUUAUUCUGUAUGUCAAUGAUGAGAGAAGCAGUUGAGAAUGGUGUAGGUGUCAUGGAAGAAUGUUCAGUAACGGGAGUCCACUCAAAGGAUGGACUGGUGUGUGGUGUUGAAACAACUCAAGGUUCCAUUGAGUGUCAGUAUUUUGUUAACUGUGCUGGAUUUUGGGCACGUCAGGUGGGACAAUUGGCAAAACCUCAAGUGAAAGUACCCUUACUACCAUGCGAACAUUACUACUUACAUACUAAACAUAUCGAUAAUUUGGACCCAAUGACGCCAGUUGUUCGUGAUCCAGAUGGCUACAUUUAUUUGAGGGAAAGAGAUGGCUGUAUUUUAGCUGGUGGAUUUGAACCUAUUGCAAAACCAGUAUAUGAAGAGGAAAUCGAGAAUACAACUCAGAGAUGUCUGCCGGACGAUUGGGAUCACUUCCAUGUGCUACUUCAGGAGUUAUUGAAGCGAGUGCCAAGUCUGAACCAAGCUGUGUUACAUAAAUUGUGCAAUGGGCUUGAAGCAUUUUCACCAGAUUGCAAAUGGAUUGUUGGUGAAGCUCCUGAGAUGUUUAAUUAUCACGUGGCGGCUGGUAUGAAGACAGUGGGAAUUUCAGCGGCCGGGGGAGUAGCCGAGGCAACGGUCGACGAAAUUGUUGACGGUUAUUCAAAAUACGACAUGUAUGAGUUGGAUAUAACUCGCUUCCUGGGAUUGCAUAACAACAAGAGGUUCUUGAGAGACCGUGUCAAAGAGGUGCCAGGAGUGCACUAUGGUUUACCGUAUCCCUGGUAUGAGUUUGAAACUGGUAGAAAUCUGCGUCUAUCCCCUAUUUACCCAACGCUAAGGGACAAUGGUGGAGUUUUUGGACAAGUCAUGGGUUAUGAGAGGCCAACCUGGUUUGAACCAGUCGAUAAAGAUGCCGAGAAGCCUCUUCCAUUCAAAAUAUCCCACACGAAGACAUUUGGAAAGCCGCCGUGGUUUGAGACCGUCCAGAGAGAAUAUUGGGCAUGCAGAGAAGCAGUCGGUCUCGCGGACUAUUCGUCGUUUACAAAAAUUGAUCUACAGUCAAAAGGUAACGAAGUGGUUGAGUUCUUGCAAUAUUUAUGUUCGAAUGACGUCGAUGUCCCCAUUGGUAGUAUAAUACACACUGGCAUGCAAAAUGAACGCGGAGGAUAUGAAAAUGAUUGCAGCCUUGCCCGAUUAUCUGAUAACCACUACAUGAUGAUAGCACCAACAAUUCAGCAGACCAGGUGCAAGGUGUGGAUGAAAAGACAUUUACCAUCCAAUGGUUCGGUAACGCUGUCUGAUGUUACCUCGAUGUAUACAGCAAUUUGUGUACUGGGACCAUUCUCUAGAAGUCUCCUUGCUGAAUUAACUGAUACGGAUCUAUCGCCUUCGAACUUUCCCUUCUUUACCUGUAAAGAACUGGAUGUUGGCCAAGCGAAUGGUAUACGAGCGAUGAACCUUACUCACACUGGGGAACUUGGAUACGUGCUUUAUAUACCCAAUGAGUUCGCAUUGCACGUGUAUCAUCGUCUUAUGACGGAGGGUGUAAAAUACGGCAUCAAUCAUGUGGGUUACUACGCUACAAGAUCGCUUCGUGUCGAGAAAUUCUUUGCGUUCUGGGGAAACGAUCUGGACACGAUGACGACGCCACUUGAGUGUGGGAGAACAUGGCGCGUUAAGUUUGAUAAAGACAUACCGUUCAUUGGUCGUGACGCACUUAUGCGUCAACGCGAUCGUGGCAUACAUCGCCAGUACGUGCAGUUACUUCUAACUGAUCACGACCAUGAAUUGGACCUGUGGUCGUGGGGAGGUGAACCUAUAUUUAGAGACGGAAAUUAUUGUGGACAAACCACCACUACAAGCUACGGUUUCACAUUUAAGAACCAGGUUUGUCUUGGGUUUGUUCAGAACUUGGAUAAGGAUGGCAUGCCCCACAAAGUUACUAAUGAAUACAUCCUGAGUGGUCAUUAUGAAAUUGACAUUGCUGGAAUAAGAUAUGCAGCCAAAGUGCACCUACAUUCGCCGAAUCUCCCAACAAAGUACCCAGACAAAGAGCGCGAUGUUUACCAAGCAACAAGAAAACAUCUUGAACCCCAGCAAUUUUUAGGACGACACUACCAACCUUAAAGGAUACUAUAAUGCAAUUAGGGUACUCUUGCACUUGCCACAAUUCUGUACUGAGCCUUAUUACAUCGUUAUUAGGGCCAUAAACAGAUCUAUUAUACACACCUGAAUAAUAAUAUUGUUCACUAAUAAAAAUAGAAUAUUCCCUACCAAGUUACCUAACUGAAAAUUGCAUUUUAUGGCUAAAAAUAUAAUUUUGAAUUAGGCUAUAUGUAAUCAAUCACCUUGCAUUUGGCCAAAAAAAAAUUCCUGCCAUUUGGCAUCACGGUGUGUGAUAAAUAAUUUAUAGUUUUAACCCUGGUAAAAAUACUAAAAAAAAAAUCCUUGCAAGCAACACACUCGAAAGAUUUACACCCUCGCCUACGGCUCUGGCACAACCCACAGCCUCGUGUACAAUGAUCAACUUUGCAAGAGUCCUUGAUGUGAAGGAUGUGGGGCAACCACAACGGUAUACUAAAUUCAUUCGCAAAUAAAUUUUAACCAUUGUAAUAUGAUUAACAUAUAUAUUAUAUUGUUUUUAUUUCACUUUUAUUAUCAUUUGAAAUUAUACUAAUUAUUUAGGGUCGAAAUUAUUUUAUUCUAAAAGUUUUAAUGAUUAUGAAAUGAGAUUUAACACUAGUAAUAUUAAGUACAAUUAAUAAUUUUUAUGUGAUGAAUAGAAUCAACAAUGGAAAAGUAUUAUUAGGUUUUUUUGAUAAUAAAUAUAUAUUUUUAA